AUGGGCUUCACCGAAUCCGAUAUCGAGAAGAUCCUCGCAGCAAGCAUCUGGGAAGACGAGAAACUGGGGGAGGAAGGGACAAUAUCCUUCGAGCGCAAUAUCAUGCCCAAGCCCACCCCGAAAUCGAACCGCAAAACGCCUACCAAACGAUUAACAAUCACUUCCCUCCUCGGAACCUUGCGCAACACGGUACAAAGCGAAGCCCUACAGUUCGCAUUCGACUACCUCGCCCUCCACCGGAUUUGCUGGCGGAUGCUCCGCGAGGUCCGCAAAGCGUGCGACUCGAUGCUGCUCAGGGUCGCUGGCGGUGCAGUUCCUUGCCAUGCAGGGAUAUCCUGUUGA